AUGCUGGGUGCAUUUCGGCCCACUCUCCCAUCCCUCGGUGGACUGCUAUGGAAGAACCCAUGGAGGCUAUCGUCCACCCGCAAGAACCGGGUUCGACAACGGCUUCGAGCUGUCGACAACGUAAUUGCAACACUCGAGCAAUCCUCGGUCCAAUGCAACUCGCUCUCGCACGCCAUCGCUUCCAUCAAACCCGAAUCUCAAAUGUCACCAAACGACAAAUAUACCACUUUCAGCAAACACGAUCGUGGCUUCCGAAAAAGCGUCCACAAGGUCCCCAAAUGGACGCGCAAGACCAUCCGUGAAAACCCCGUCGGCUACUAA